UUAUCCACAAUUCCCACGGGAGUUACUUUGUUUUUAUGGAAGAAUACAUAUAUCACCGGCGGUGAUCCACACGUAAUUUCAGUUUAGUAAAUUACAUGGCCGUAUAGCGUACCCCCGACGGACUGAAAGGUUAGGAUUUUCAGUCAGGCUCCAUAUGAAAUAAUAGGUCAAAAUGACGCUGCACGGAAAGAUUGUAGUGAUCAAGAGGAACAAUGCUGAUGGUGCCCAUUUUCCAUUGACGGCCGAACAGUGUUUGUUUGGAAGAACUAAUGAGUGUGAUAUCCGCAUUCAGUUGCCCAAUGUGUCCCGUGAACAUUGUAGGAUUGAUGUACAGAAAGAUGGAGAGGUACAUCUGGUGAAUUUGAGCCAGGUCAAUCCCACUCUCCUGAAUGGCAAGGCUGUCAUGGAUAGAGAAACUGUGCAGCACAAAGAUGUCUUCACUAUCGUUGAUAGGUCUUUCAGGUUUGAAUACCCUCCAGGUUCUGGCCGCAGGAAUUCCCUCAAUCCGGAGGUCCAGAGCCCAGUAAUCUCUUCCACCACCACCAAGCCACCCUCUGCAGGUGGCGACACACCACGCUCUUCAAGGAAAGCUGCAGGGAAGGCCACAACACCAGAUCAGAAGAAGGCAGCUACCCCUGCCAAAGGCACACCCAAAGCCCCUACAGCAACGACACCCAAAUCAGGAGCCACAGCCAAAUCACCUGCGGGACCUAAGACACCCAAGUCUGCCAAGAAGGAAUUGCCUAAGGCUGUUGCUACAACACCUAAGGCUAAAUCACCUGCCGCUCCUAAGACACCCAAGUCUACCAAGAAGGAAUUGCCUAAGGCUGUUGCUACAACACCUAAGACUAAAUCACCUGCCGCACCUCAGACACCCAAGUCUGCUAAGAAGGAAUUGCCUAAGGCUGUUACUCCAACACCCAAAGCGCCUGCCACUCCGAAGACUCCAAAGUCUGCCAAGAGAGAAGCUCCCAAGCCUACAACUCCAACAACUGAAGAACCUGCCGCUCCUAAAACUCCCAAGUCGGCUAAGAAGGAAUCCCCAAAGGCAUCAGCUACUCCAAAAAGCAAGACACCAGCGAAGAAGACUCCAGUGAAGGUCUCCCCUAAGGUACCGACACCGAAGAAGGCUUCACCAGCCCCUGCUAAGAAGGCUAGUCCUAAGAGUGUCAAGACACCAGCUCCAGCAACCAAGAGACGCAGUGGAUCCCUCAGCAAGAGUGGAGGAAAGAUGACACCAUUCGGUAGUCCCCGUGUUCCCCAGACUACCCCUCUGAAGAACUCCAUCAGCCAGCUGAGGCGUCGAUCUGCCCCUGUCAAAGAAGAGGAAGAAGGUGUGUCUCCUGCGAAGAAGGCCACACCCAAGAAAGCAACACCCAGUAAAUCCCCUAAGGCUCCAACUCCCAAAUCUGCAGCCAAAUCUGCCAAGAAGACACCAUCAUCAGGUAAAAAACGCAAGAGUAGCGUAGAGGAAGCACCCGAUGCCAAAAGAAAGCGUGUCUCAUUUGGUCCUACCCUGAGCCCAGAGCAGUUUGACAAGUACCUUCCUCCGCUCACUCCAAUCAAACGUGGACAGUCUCCUGCCAGGAGGUCUCUCGGGAGUGCAAUCACUCCUAAAGGAAGAGCCGCCUACAAGAAACGUGCAUCUAUCGCUGCCAUCGUCACCCAUCCAGCCAUCCAGGAAGAACCCAGCCCUAAGAAGUCUCCUGCCGCUAAGCCUAAAGCUUCCCCGAAGGCGGCUACUCCAAAAGCAUCUCCAAAGGCUUCACCCAAGGCUGCUACUCCCAAGGCUUCUCCUAAGGCAGCAACACCAAAAGCCUCUCCUAAGGCUGCAACCACCAAGGCUUCUCCUAAGGCAGCAACACCAAAAGCCUCUCCUAAGGCUGCAACCCCCAAGGCUGCUACACCCAAGGCUUCUCCUAAGGCUGCUACACCCAAGGCAGCAACACCAAAAGCCUCUCCUAAAGCAGCAACUCCAAAGGCAGCGACGCCAAAGGCAACACCUAAAGCUGCUACCCCUGUUGCACCCAAGGGAAGGGAUUCACCUAAGCGUUCACCGAAGAGGCCAGCAGCAUUAGCAGAUGAAAGUUUCACAGGCCUCCCGGAGCUCUUCAAAACACCGUCACCACAGAAGGUUAGCCGCGUCAGCCAAGGGAAGGUCACCAAAGUCACCCCACAAUCUGCAUCGGUUGUGAGGAAGAUAGCGACGCCAAUGAAGGAGGAGAUCAAGAAAGCAGCAGAGUCUAAGAGACGAAGCCUCCCAAAGUCCAUCCCACAGCACAUGAAGGCUGCGAUUGUAGCUGAAGCAGCCCUGAGACAGCAGAGACGACCAUCACCUAAGAAAGCUAUAAGCACCCCUUUGAAGGCUGCUAUCAAGAAGGGUGUACAGCUCAAGAAGGCAUCUCCAAAACCCACAACCCCUGCUAAGAAAGCGAGCCCGAAGCCUGUCACUCCUGCAUCGGCCAAAAAGACCCCCUCUAAACAGAAGACACCAGUGAAAGCUGUUACACCAAAGGCCGCUACCCCCAAAGCUGCCACACCUAAGGCUGCAACCCCCAAGGCUGCUACACCCAAGCCAGCUACUCCAAAGGCUGCAACACCCAAGCCAGCUACUCCAAAGGCUGCAACACCUAAGCCAGCAACUCCCAAGGCUGCUACUCCUAAGGCUGCUACUCCAAAGGCCGCUACACCUAAGCCAGCAACUCCCAAGGCCGCUACACCUAAAGCUGCCACUUCAGCCAAGAAGUCACCUGCAUCAGCCAAGAAGACUCCAGCAAAGUCAGUAGCCAAGAAGACACCUGCCAAAUCUGCCAUCAAGAAGACCCCAGCAAAGUCAGCUGUUAAGAAGACACCUGCCAAAUCUGCUGCCAAAGCUAAGAAGACCCCAGCAAAGUCAGCUGUCAAGAAGACUCCAGCCCGCUCCGCCUUGAAGAAGACACCAGCUCGUUCCGCUCUGAAGAAGACACCAGCCAGGAGUGCCAUCAAGAAGACCCCAGUCAGACCCAAGUCUGCUCGUAAGCCAGCAGGGAAACCUACCUGGGCUGACAUUGCCAAGAGAGGUGCUGCUGUCAAGUCCUCCAAGCCUAGCUGGACUGUCAAGUGGGCUGGCAAGGCUAAGGCUAAGGCUAUCACAAAGAAGGUGCAGAAGGUGCGAAAGCUCAAGGCUAAGACCCCCAAGAAGGUUGCCAGGCUUGGAGUUGGUAGCACUGGUCAUGCCGAUUCUCCUGCCACCAUUGUACUGAAGAAGAAUUUGAAGGCAAAAACUCCACUGAAGACCAGAAAGGGACGAAAGACACCAAGCAAGAAGCCUCAAACCAAGAAGACCGCAUCCGUUGCAGACACCAGUUUUACAGGAGUACAGGAGCUUUUUCAAACCCCUCCACCAGCUAAACUUAGUAAGACAACCCCAGUCAACACUCCUGAUCUCAAGACACCGGAAGGACCAGGAGAGAUGUUUGUAUCACCCCUUACCACUUCUCCAAAGAAGGCCACCACACCUGCCAAAUCUGCAACGAAGAGAACAUCUAAAGGAAAGUCGGCAGGAGUGACUGGAGAAGCACAACUGAUAAAAACUCCCAAGCAGAAGGGCAGGCAAUCAGUGGAGCUUGGAGGUCUGAAAAGGUUGUUCAAGACACCCAAACAGAAAACAGAAGCCAAGACACCUGAAGUUUUGGGAUUGGUAAGGCUCUUCAAUGAAAAUAAGAAGACCCCCAAAACGCCAAAGUCGCAACAAUCCCCCGGUUACACAGGUAUCAAAGAGUUGAUGAAGACUCCAAAGCAAGUUGACCCCUACACAGAUUUUGAAGGUGUUCCAGAUCUACUUUCAUCCCCAGCUGCCAUGAAAACUGAGAAGACAUCUGUGAAGCAGUCCAUGAAGAGGAAGAGGACCGAGACACCUGCUGCUAAGCCAGCGAAGAGACCAAGGAUUCAGAAGACACCUGCCAAGACCCCAGCGAAGGCUGCAAAGACUCCAGCAAAAUCCCCAGCAGUUACACCCAAGGCCACUCCUGCUAAAUCUCCUGUAGCAGCGAAAAAGACACCAGCGAAAUCCCCUGCAGUUACACCCAAGGCCACUCCUGCUAAAUCUCCUGCAGCAGCAAAGAAGACACCGGCAAAAUCCCCCGCUGUCACCCCCAAGGUGACCCCUGCCAAGUCUCCUGCUGCAGCAAAGAAGACACCAGCAAAGUCUCCAGCAGUUACACCCAAGGCCACACCUGCUAAAUCUCCUGUAGCAGCGAAAAAGACUCCAGCAAAAUCCCCAGCAGUUACACCCAAGGCCACUCCUGCUAAAUCUCCUGCAGCAGUAAAGAAGACCCCAGCAAAAUCCCCUGCUGUAACACCCAAAAAGACACCAGUGAAGGAAGUGAAACCAAAAGUUUCAAAGAGGGCAGCAAAGGUUAGUAAAGCAGCUACCCCAGCCAAAUCUCCUGCAAAGAGAGCUAGGAGAGGGAGACCAGCAAAGGCUGCUACUCCAGCUAAACCUGAGCCAGUCGCAGUUGAAGCUAGUCCAGAGAAGACCCCAGUUAAGAAAACAACAAGGGGGAAGAAGGUUGCAGCAUCCCCUGUCAAGUCACCAGUGAAGAAGGCCACGAGAGGAAGAAAGGCCAAGACUGCUCCUGAACCCAGUCCUGCAAAGGCCCCAGCCAAGAAAGCAACAAGGGGAAGGAAAGCAGCAGCAUCCCCUGCCAAACCUGUCAUUGAACCUGCUGAACCAACCCCAGCAGAGGCCCCAGCCAAAAGGGAAGGAGAGGAGCUAAAGCUGUCGCUGUUGAAGCCAGCCCAGUAAAAACUCCAGCAAAGAGGGCUUCAAGAAGUAGGAAAGCAGUAACCCCCAAGAAGUUGCCAGCAAAGAAGGCUGUGACACCCAAGAAAGCACCAGCUAAGAAGGCAACCAGAGGAAGAAAGGCAGCUGCAAAGGUUGUCGAAGUGGUUCCAGAAGCAUCUGAACCUACUCCUAUGAAAACCCCAGCCAAAGAGACUCCAGUGAAGGAGGUGAAACCAAAAGUUUCAAAGAGGGCAGCAAAGGUUAGCAAAGAAGCUACCCAGCCAAAUCUCCUGCAAAGAGAGCUAGGAGAGGGAGACCAGCAAAGGCUGCUACUCCAGCUAAACCUGAGCCAGUCGCAGUUGAAGCUAGUCCAGAGAAGACCCCGGUUAAGAAAACAACAAGGGGGAAGAAGGUUGCAGCAUCUCCGGUCAAGUCUGUGAGGAAGCAAGCACCUGCAGUAGCCCCCAAGAAGGAACAAAGAGGGCCGCUCCUGAGCCAGAGGCUGUAGCAUCUCCAGCUCCCAAGAAGACCAGAGGUGGACGUUCCAAAGCCGCCCCUAAAGCAGCACCAGCAUCUCCUAAAGUUGCUACCCCAAAGCCUUCACCGAAGGUAACACGAAGAGGCAAGGUAGCUCCCAAAGCAGCAGCAGCCACACCCAAGAAGGCAAGCAAGAAAGCAACCAAGGCUGCAGCAAAGACUCCAGAGCCUGUGAAGCCAUCGCCUAAGGUUACAAGAGGAAGGGCAAAAGCCCCAGCUAAGGCAGCUAAGGCAGCAAAAGCGUCUCCAGCUCCACUCCACCAGAACCACUCGUUCAAGAAGGAAAUAAACAAUUUAGAGACCCCCACAGUACCAUAUUUUUCUUGUCUUCAUGUGUAAAUAUCUUGUAUAAUAUGUAGAAUUUUAUCUUAGAAACAAUCGUUGGCAAGUGAAUCUUUGAAAUGCAAACAAAUUCAUGACAUGAAUUUAGACAAAUAUUCUAGAAUGGUUGAAAACUUCCAGUGAAGAUGUACAUAUGAUUGCUGUUACCUUUUUUAGGGUUUUUACACUGCUCAUUUAACAGUUUCAUAUCUCAUGUACAUUCACAUGUUUAGUGGCAUGGGAACUAGGCCAUGGCAUUGUAUAUUCAGGAGUGAUUUUAAGCAAAAUGGUGAAAGUCAACAAGUGAUCUUCAUGCCCUAAAGAAUAAAAAAAGAGGUUUGUGCGAUAUCUACCUCAUGAUUUCUAUAACAUGCACAAGUUGUGCAUAUGUUGUGACAACAUUCACCAUGCAUUUUAACGAGAUUAUCUAAUGUAAAUAAAACUGCUUUUAUAGGAUAGGGGUAUAAUUUGCAGGAUGGUAUUUUCUUAAUUUUGAUACAUGUAUUGUACAGAUAAAUUUUAAGAAUCGUAAAAAUGAAUCAACUUGCCAAACUGUUCUUUAACAUGUGAGUAUGUGCAGGUGUAUUUAUGUCCAUUCAAAACUAAAACAUAGUUUGAUGAUUCAAUUCCCCUUAUUCAUAAAUAGAAAAACAAAGUCUUCUUUUUGAAGGGACAAUACAUUACAUCAUCAUUCAGAAUUAAUAAUUGAAUAACCAUUUUUUAUAAAUGGCACACAUUUGAAAUCAUGAUUAUAUUAUGAUAAGGAAUCUUGAACAAAUGAAUCUCGCAUACAAUUUGACAUUGUCUUUUAUAUUUACAUAAACAAUAAUCAAUUUGUGUAUGCAAUGGCAGUUUGGAUUGUAAAUGCUGUAAAUAAUCUUUUCUCUGUAUUCCAUGAUUGUGCCUAGUCUUCUGUCUGGUGCUGGCAAAUUAGCCAUAUACGUAAAUUAGUACAUCAUUCUCCAAAUGUGUAUUUCUGGCACUCUCAUUAUUUGCUUAUAUGAAUUGUAUAAUGGGGAGCUAUAAGAGGUAUCCUGAAAUGUUUCAGAUGAAUAUAUACUGAACUGAAAUUAAAUCAUUGUGAGAGUAAUUUUGUACAUGGACAAAUAUCUGGACAACGUUAGUUUAUCCAGGUGCAUGUGCUUUGUAUACUUCAUUGUAUGAAAUUGACCUUAUUUUAUUCAAAAUUUUGCUCUCCUGAAGUUUUACAUGAUUACUCUCAAAUUCCAGUUUGGCUGCUGUAGCAUAAGAAAAGAUGUUCUAUUACGUGUGAUGUUAUGUUGACUUCAGGCUUGUCUACAUUCACUUGAAUGAUAAUGAAAGGAAAAGAUAUGUAAAUACACUGUACAUUGUAGUAUACCACAUGGCUUGUAUGAUAGGGGAAACAUGUAUUAUAGUUGACAUUUUUAAUGGUUUGUAAACACUUUCUUGUAAAUGGGUCUGAAAUUUAUGCAUUUUCUACUGAUUUUUACAUAUCUCAGUUCAUAUGAUUGAUAAAUUGGAGACCAAAUUUUAGGAAACUAGGCGGGUUAAAAAUGCACUAUAGAUCAAACUUUUGUAUCAAAGUCUAUCCCUUUUAAAAUGUUGCAUUUUUAAGUGUAGAUUUGAUUACAUUGUAUUAUGUAUUUUAUUAAUUUGUUUAUUUACACUUAUUUUUCUUUGUACAUACAUGUACUUCACAUUCCUUUCUCAAGCAUACUGUAACCAAGACAUACCAUGUCCAUCAACUGUACACCAAUGUUCAAACUGGUAAAACUUAGCCCCCUCCCCCCCCCCCCCCCCCCCCUCCCUGUAAAUGUUCAACUCCAUAUUGAUUUUGAUCCUAUUUGUUUGGAUUUAGAUCAAUAAAAUUUGAAUUUGAAUUUUAUUGAUUUUGUCUGGACUAUUUUACAGUGUACUGUUAUUCCUGUUUUGUAAUGAUAUUGUAAAUAGUUUCCGUUUCUCUUGCUUUUCUUUUUCUUUCAUCGUUCAAUGUGUGAUUUUUGUUAAUGUAGUAAAGUUCACUGUGAACCUCAA